UGUCCUGACCAUGGGGGCCCGGAGCCACCCUGGAAUCACACAGGGGACAUCAGAGAGCAAGACAUGUCAUUAAACUACAUCAAGAACUUCUAUGAAGGAUGUCUCAGGCCUCCUACAGUGAUCGGCCAGUUCCACACGUUGUUCUUCGGCUCGGUCCGGAUGUUCUUCCUUGGCGUUCUUGGCUUCGCAGUGUACGGAAACGAGGCUCUGCACUUCAGCUGCGAUCCGGAUCGCCGAGAGCUCAACCUGUUCUGCUACAACCAGUUCAGACCCAUAACACCACAGGUCUUUUGGGCCUUACAGCUGGUAACGGUGCUGGUUCCUGGAGCUUGGUUCCACCUGUAUGCAGCCUGUAAGAGCAUAGACCAAGAGGAAAUUCUUGAACGGCCCAUCUACACUGUCUUCUACAUUAUCUCUGUUCUUCUACGCAUCAUUCUAGAGAUCAUUGCCUUUUGGCUACAGAGCCACAUCUUUGGUUUUCAGGUUCACCCAGUUUACGUCUGUGAUGCCAGCUCCUUGGAAAAGGCCUUCAACGUGACUAAGUGCAUGGUACCAGAACACUUUGAAAAAACCAUCUUCCUCAGUGCAAUGUACACCUUCACUGUGAUCACCAUCCUUCUCUGCAUCGCUGAGAUAUUUGAGAUACUGUGCCGACGGAUUGGUUUUCUCAACAAUUAGUGACAAAACUGCCCAUGCACAAAUACAGUGAGUGAAAGUAUCUAUAUACUUUCCUGUCAAGAACUUUGCUAUGGGGACUUUCAUGAAGCAGAAAGUCAAUGUUAGAGCGAGGGGUCACAGGUGGUGCAACGUCAUUGUGCAGCGCCAAGAGCUCUAACAAGCUGUAAAAAUGUCACAGCUGGCCAGAAACAACUGUACUUUUGGUGUUUUGUUAAGUAUAGAGUGAUCAUUCAUUAUUGUAUUUUAGAACAGAGAGGAUUCUUUAGCGACUGGGUUAAAAUCUGUUACAUGAGUGGACCAGAUGGUCAGAGCAUACCAGUUUCAUAGAUCUAUUAGGUCAUUGACAAUUCUCAAACCUGAUUGUUUCAAUACCUGAGAAUCUAUAAUAAUAAGAGUUCCUCUGAAAUAUAAAGAAAUAUUAUAGGGAUGAACUUAACAUCUAUUACCUUUUAAUGCGAUAAAAGCUUAGAAAACUUAGGCCUUUUCCUUCCUCCUAUUUAUUCCCUUUAUAUAAGGUCAGCAGUAAGAGCACUAUCCAGGGUGCGAUACUAUGAUCUAACAGGACACGUUCAGAUAGAAGUCUAUUAUCUAAGACCAUGAGAAUAUCAUUAGUGACUUUUACCAGAGCUGUUUCAGUGCUAUGAUGAACCUUCAAACCUCACCAAAAAAAAAAAUUGUAAAAGUGCUGACACACUUUAGAAACAAUUUUCUCAGGCAUUUUAGAGAAGAAAGGAAGAUUAGAUAUAGGUCUAUAAUUGCCCAAGUCGUUUGGAUGGAGAGAAAGUUUCUUAGGUAAAUGUUUAAGUACAGCUACCUUUAAAGCCUGUGGUACAUCUCCCUGGAACAGAGAUAAGUUACUCAAUAGAGGGGGGGUAAUAAGAAAGCUCAACUUGAAAAAAGCAGUUCAAACACAGUUCAGGAUUUAUGGUUAUCUCAGACACUAGCAGCAGCUAGGGAUGCCAGAAGGCCCAAGUGCCAACUGUAUUGAUGGUAAAUGGCCUGUACUUGUAUAGUGCUUUUCGAAGUCAGGCGACUUGAUCAUAAUGCUUUAGUCUACAUUCAGUCAUUCACCCAUUCACUCACACACUGAUGGUGUCAAGUUACACUGUAACCACAGCUGCCCUUGGGCUCACUGACGGAAGCAAAGCUGCUGUACACCGAAAGCCAGAGCACGAAGCGACAACCCUCCGAUUGCAAGGCAAAAUCCUGCA